AUGAGUUUGUUCUGUAAUUCGAUUGAAACCCUUUAUCCAAAACCCUUUCUUCCCCACAAAUCUCACUUCUUUUCCUCCUCCGAUGCAAAAUUCCGAAACCCUAGUCUUCCCCUGUUUCCGCUUCGUCGUCAAUGGCCGAUCAAAUCAUGCCUUCAAUCGGCGGCGUCUUCGUCAGAAAUCGAUAUGGUAAGAUCCAAAGAUGGCUUAUUCGUUCCAAAGGAGAAGAAAGUAGUUGUUUUAUGGGACCUCGACAACAAACCACCCCGUGGUCCACCGUACGAAGCCGCGACGGCUCUCCGACGAGUCGCGGAGAAACUCGGCCGAGUCGUCGAAAUCUCCGCUUACGCAAAUCGCCACGCUUUCAUCCAUUUACCUCACUGGGUCGUCGAAGAGCGUCGCGAGAGGAGGAAUCUCGAUUUCGCGGAGAGGAAAGGAGAAGUAAUCCCAAUUGAGCCUUACAUAUGCAGCGUAUGUGGCCGGAAAUGCAAAACGAAUCUCGAUUUGAAAAAGCAUUUCAAGCAGCUUCACGAGAGGGAGAGGCAGAAGAAAGUGAAUCGGAUGAGAUCUCUUAAAGGGAAGAAACGUCAAAAGUACAAAGAGCGUUACGUGUCGGGUAACGAGAAGUACAACGAGGCGGCGAGGAGGUUGCUUACUCCGAAAAUCGGAUACGGGCUUGAGUCGGAGCUCCGGCGAGCUGGUGUUCAUGUGAAGACGGUGGAGGAUAAGCCACAGGCGGCGGAUUGGGCGGUGAAGAGACAGAUACAGCAUUCGAUGACACGUGGGAUUGAUUGGCUGGUUCUUGUUUCGGAUGAUAAGGAUUUCUCGGAUAUGUUGAGGAAAGCGAGGGAGGCUGAUCUUGGGACUGUGGUGGUUAGUGAUCAGGAUAGAGCGUUAGGAAGGCAUGCUGAUUUGUGGGUGCCUUGGAUUGGAGUGGAGAAUGGAGAGAUCGGUGAGGCUGAUUUGAUGCCGGAGAGGAGACGGCGGUUUGAGGAGGAGGAGGGUGGAGAUGGGUUAUUUUCGUUGUCGUAUGAGGAGGAGGAUGAUACGGCGGAGAUGACGGUGGAGAGUGAUGGAUUUGGGAGAUUCAAUGUGUCUGCUUUUUCAGAAGAUGAGUGGGUGGAGGAUGAAGAUGACGACUUUGCGUUGAGUGAUAGUGACGAUGAGCUUAGCUUCUGA